AUGUCUGCUCCGGCCGACCUUCCAAAAAUGACCUACCGGUUCUUGGGCCGAUCCGGCCUCCAGGUCUCGGCCAUCUCCCUGGGCGGCUGGCUCACCUAUGGUGGCCAUGUUGACAAGGAGAAUUCCUUUGCGUGCAUGAAGGCCGCCUACGACAGCGGUGUCAACUUCUUCGACUGCGCCGAGGGCUACGCUGAGGGCAGGUCGGAGGAAGUGAUGGGGGAGGCGAUCCGGCGGUUCGGCUGGAAGCGCAACGACAUUGUCAUCUCGACCAAGAUCUACUGGGGCACCGCCUUCGGCGACAACCCGGUGAACAACAAGGGCCUGAGCCGGAAGCACGUCAUCGAGGGCCUCAACGCGUCGCUGGCGCGCCUCGGGCUCGAGUACGUCGACCUCGUGUACGCCCACCGGCCGGACCGGCUGACGCCGAUGGAGGAGACGGUGCGCGCCUUCAACCACCUCAUCAGCACGGGCAAGGCGCUGUACUGGGGCACGUCGGAGUGGGGCGCCGACGAGAUCGCGUCGGCCUGGCGCCACGCCGACCGGCUCGGCCUCGUCGGGCCCCUGAUGGAGCAGCCGGCGUACAACCUGCUGGACCGCGAGAAGGUCGAGCGCGAGUACGCCAACCUGUACCGCGAGGUCGGCCUCGGCCUCACCGUCUUCUCCCCGCUCAAGCAGGGCAUCCUCUCGGGCAAGUACCGCGACGGCGUGCCCCCCGGCUCGCGCUUCGCCCAGGAGCAGGUCGAGUUCAUCGCCGGCUUCUGGAAGCGCACCGGCAAGGAGCAGUGGGACGCCACCGUCGCCAAGGUCAACAAGCUCGAGCCCAUCGCCGACCGGCUCGGCAUCAAGCAGAGCCAGCUCGCGCUCGCCUGGGUGCUCAAGAACCCGAACGUGAGCUCGGCCAUCGCGGGCGCGAGCAGCCCCGAGCAGGUCUACGAGAACGUGCGCGCCCUCGACGCCGUGGACAAGCUGACCCCCGAGAUUCUCGCCCAGAUCGACGACAUCUUCGAGAACAAGCCGCCGGCGGUCGUCCCGCGGUUCUAG